AUGAUCUCUCUACUUGCUGUGAACCCAUCCAAGUUCCCUUUGGCCGAUUACAUUUCGAUCUUAAAGGUCGAAGGUAUAUUUUGCUUCAUUGGACUUAUCCCUAAUCCAGUUGAAGUACCUAUCGUCCCAUUGAUUUUGAGUAACGCAAUGAUCGCUGGGUCAGCCAUCGGUUCACCGUCAGUUAUGGUUCGGAUGUUGAACUUUGCCAAGGAGCAUAACAUCAAACCUUGGAUUCAAAAAUACAGUAUGGAUGAUAUCAACAAAGCGUUGGUUUCGUUCAAGCAGGGCGAACCGAGAUAUAGAUAUAUUCUGGUCAACACUGAUCAAGGUGGUGAACUAUGA